AUGGCAGCAGACACGACUUCAUCGACACCUUUCCAGACGGCAUUAGAGCUCAUCGAUGGCGCUCACAGCCUCGACCCUCGCAAAGUCGACCAUGAGGGGGAUGAAGUAGCAUAUGAGCUCGUCUAUUCGCGCAAAAUGACGCACUUCCUCUCCCAAUUGCGCCCUUCCCUCGACGACGUUCCAGAGACACUCCGCCUCGCCAUCCGCGCCCAGCACUUCCGUCGCUGGGAGGUCCCGCGAUCCUCCUACCCGAUGACAAGAGUGGGAUACCACUCGUGGCGAACGUUCUUGAAGAAGCGGCAAGCCGAACUGGUCAGUCGACUCUGCGUGGAGGCGGGAUACGGCGAAGCGGAUGCGGAGAGGGUGGCGGCGUUGAUACGGAAGGAAGAUCUGAAGAGCGAUGCGGACACACAGUUGCUGGAGGAUGUGGCAUGUCUGGUGUUCCUCGAAGACAAAUUCGAGGAGUUCAAGAAUGGGUACGAUAAGGAAGGAGGAGACGAUAAGGUUGUCGACAUCCUACGGAAGACGUGGGCAAAGAUGUCGGUAGAGGGCAGAACAGUUGCACAAGAGUUGGCCACGGGGAUGCCCUAUGAGCACUUCAACCGGAUAUAG